GCAUAUCUUGAUCUUGGUGAGGUUGUCCUGUGAACUCACGCACAGUAACAGCUUUAAGCUUGUCAAAAGUUACCCACAGUGGGAAAACAAAAGUACAUUUACACCAUACGUUUCAAUACAGAAAACUGGCGGAAGUUUUUGCGAAAGGACAAAAGGAGCGGCCUGCGUAUUGCCCCGAGUGCAUCGCAUCCAUCUCACUUCCAUCAGCCAGUAAUGGCGCAGCUGAACAUUUGUGCAUCCUCCUCGCUCUCCAUCACGUUCGGUAAAUACGCGGUCGGAGGCAGAGAUUUGUGGCUGAUUGUCGCCGCGCGGGGCAUCGCGUUUGGUAUGCAUGAGCGAUGAGCGAGUAACCUUUCAUCAGUCCGGUUUCAUUACUGAUCUUACUGAUUGCGUUGGCUUUAAAGCAGAAGGUCAGUGUCCUUUUCAGCUUUCAUUUACUCCGGCUAACUAAAGCUCCCAAACCCCAUUUUUAUUCGUUUUAGAUUGCCUGCAUAAAGCAGCUUGUCUUCCAGCGAGCGCCUUUGAAUUCCCAAAAUGCCUAAUUUACCACUGAAAGAAAAAAGAAGGACAUUUAUAAAAGCAAGGGUGCACAUCAAUGUGUUUGUUAACAUUGUUCUUAUUGUCCCUGAAUUUGUCUACAAAAUAAAUAAUGCAUUGAAAUAAUAAUGUGUACAUUGUAUGGUAAAGGGCUGAGUCAGAAGAAAGGAGAAUGUUGGCUUCUGGAACAUCUGCGAUUGUACUUAGUCUUUCAGAGGAGGUAAUUUUGUCCAGUCUUGUGUUGUAUUUCCGCAGUUCCACAAGAUCCGGUGCUCGAAAGGCAAAAUGUUUUGGUCUGUCUCUUUUAGGCUGUGUUCGGACAUGGACACGUGGAGUAUUGUGAGGGCUAGCGCAGCACCCUCCCAGGGCACGCAGUACAGGGAGAUUUUGAGGGGACGGAAACAUAUUUGCCAUCUCUACCCAAAGGCACUUGGAAUUCUCUGCCACUCUCGCAGCCUUUCAGCGAGGGACCUGAAACACCCCCCGCCCACCCGCUACUUUUUUUGGUGGGGGAGCGCAGAUGGUGCUAGGAAUAGGAGAAGAGAAUGGAGGGGCAGACAGAAGAGUGAUUGGAGAGCGGCAGGAUUUGGCAGGCAGGCUGGUGGGAGGGUCCUUUUGUGAUGAAAUGUUGCAUAAAUAAUGCCAAAGGGGUCUAAAUUCUCUGUUGCCAUGGAGACCUUUGUGCCUGGCUGAACUCCUAUUCUUUCCAGCAUGAAGGCAGUCACUACUGGCUUGCAGUUCCCCUAAUGAGUACAAGAAUUCUUUUAAUAGGCAGUGGUAAAUGGAAGGAUGGUGAAGUGGCAGAAACUGGGCUAUUUCCUAGCUGUGUCUUUGGAGUAUGGUACAUGUGCAGGAGCUGCAGUUUGAGAGACUGACUCGGGAACUGGAGGCGGAACGCCAGAUUGUUGCCACCCAACUGGAGCGAUGCAAGCUGGGAUCUGAGACCGGCAGCAUGAGCAGCAUCAGUUCAGCAGAUGAGCAGUUUCGCUGGAAUACCCAAGACGGACAAAAGGAUAUUGAGGAGGAGCUGACUACUGGCCUAGAGCUUGUGGACUCCUGCAUCAGGUCUCUUCAAGAGUCUGGCAUACUUGACCCUCAAGAAUUCUCAACAAGUGAAAGACCAAGCCUCCUAUCCCAGAGCGCACUGCAGCUCAAUUCCAAUCCAGAAGGGUCUUUCCAGUACUCAGCCAGCUACCAUAGUAACCAGACCCUCGCCCUGAGUGAUUCGUCGACAUCGCAGCUCCCUCCGCGCAGCGGCCAGGUCGGUGGAGCGGUUCACAGCUACAACCAGGUGACAUCGAACCGAGUGGCCCAGCUCGCUGCCGGAGAGUCCGCUCAGUCGCGGGAGUCCUUCGCGCCGAGCCAUGGAAGCGCCUUCCACCUUCCCGACGGCCAGCAGCCGACCUCCAUGUACUACUCCAGCUCCACCCUGCCGGCGCAGCGCGUGAGCUCCCCGCUGUCAAUGCAGGCCUCCGGCUCGCCCACCAAGCUCCAGCGCCUGGGCUCGGCCUCCGACACGCCCGGCUAUGCCACCACCCAGCGCAUCUCCUCACCCAAGCAGUCCCCCGGCCGGCUGGCCAAGUCCUACAGCAGCAGCUCGCCCAUCAACGCGGCGGUGUCCUCCUCCGGCCUGCCGGCCUCGCCCCUGCACGUGACCUCCACGCCCAACGCCUCCACCUCCUCGCCCAUCCACCAGAUCAGCUCCACCGUGGGCAACUACGCCACUCUGUCUCCCACCAAGCGCCUGGUGCACUCCUCCGAGCAGUACAAGCUCUCCCAUGACCUCUACGCUACUGCCACGCUCCAGAGACCCGGCAGCCUAGCAGGGUCCAGGGGUUCUUACAGCAGCCAGCACAGCCACCUGGGGACGGAGCUGCGGCCGCUGCCGUCUCCCGAGCACCAUAUCGACCCUAUCUAUGAGGACAGGGUCUACCAGAAGGCCCCUAUAAGGAGUCUGAGUCAGAGCCAGGCAGAGCCCCUGCCCCCAGGCCACACCGGCACCUACCGCACCAACACAGACCUAGUAAACCAGUUCUGUGAACAGGUCCUGAAUUUUUUGCUUUGUCCCUACUUUCCUGCCGUAGCCCCGUCUUCCCCCGGUGUUGACUCCGUACCAUUGCAGCGCACAGGCAGUCAGAACGCCACAGGAACUUACCAGAGGGCGGGCUAUGCCGCCGGCCCUGCCGCCAACUACUCGGACCCAUACCGCACGCUCCAGUACUGCCCGUCCGUGGAGUCGCCGUACAGCAAGUCCGGGCCGGCCCUCCCCCCCGAGGGCACGUUGGCGAGGUCCCCUUCUAUCGACAGCAUCCAGAAGGACCCCAGGGAGUUUGGCUGGCGAGACCCAGAGCUGCCUGAAGUUAUCCAGAUGCUGCAACACCAGUUCCCUUCCGUGCAGUCCAAUGCUGCGGCCUACCUGCAGCACCUGUGCUUCGGAGACAACAAGAUCAAAUCUGAGAUCCGGAGGCAGGGGGGCAUCCAGCUGCUGGUGGACCUGCUGGAUCACCGGAUGACGGAGGUCCACAGGAGCGCCUGCGGCGCCCUGAGGAACCUGGUGUACGGCAAGGCCAACGAUGACAACAAGAUCGCCCUGAAGAACUGCGGUGGGAUCCCCGCGCUGGUGAGGCUGCUGAGGAAGACCAGCGACGUGGAGAUCAGGGAGCUUGUCACAGGCGUGCUGUGGAACCUGUCGUCAUGCGACGCGCUGAAGAUGCCCAUAAUUCAGGAUGCCCUGGCGGUGCUUACCAACACGGUGAUCAUCCCCCUCUCUGCCUGGGACGCUUCGCCACACCAGGAGGACCGCAAACUGCAGCUGCACUCCUCGCAAGUUCUGCGCAACGCCACAGGCUGUCUGAGGAACGUCAGCUCGGCGGGGGAGGAAGCACGCCGGCGGAUGCGGGAGUGCGAGGGACUGACCGACGCCCUGCUGUACGUGAUCCAGACGGCGCUGGGGAGCAGCGAGAUUGAUAGCAAGACCAUAGAAAACUGCGUGUGCAUCUUGAGGAACCUCUCGUAUCGACUGGCUGCAGAGACGUCCCAGGGCCAGCAGAUGGGCACGGAUGAACUUGAUGGAUUGCUUUGUGGCGAUGCCAACGGCAAAGACGGCGAGAGCUCCGGGUGCUGGGGAAAGAAGAAGAAGAAAAAGAAGGCACAAGAUCAGUGGGAUGGCGUCGGACCCCUCCCCGAGUCUGCCGACCCGCCCAAAGGGAUUCAGAUGCUGUGGCAUCCCUCCAUCGUCAAACCCUACCUCACUCUCCUGUCCGAGUGCUCCAAUCCCGACACGCUGGAGGGCGCGGCCGGGGCCUUGCAGAACCUGGCGGCUGGCAGCUGGAAGGUAGGUCCCACGUGGUCAGUGUACAUCCGGGCAGCCGUGAGGAAAGAGAAGGGCCUGCCUAUCCUGGUGGAGCUGCUGCGGAUAGACAACGACCGCGUGGUGUGUGCCGUGGCUACAGCUUUAAGAAAUAUGGCCUUAGAUGUGAGAAACAAAGAAUUAAUCGGCAAAUACGCCAUGCGCGACCUGGUCCACCGCCUGCCGGGGAGCAGCAACAGCACCGGCGGCAGCACCGCCAACAGCACCACCAGCAAGAACAUGUCCGACGACACGGUGACCGCCAUCUGCUGCGCCCUGCACGAGGUCAUCACCAAGAACAUGGAGAACGCCAAGGCCCUGCGCGACGCCGGGGGCAUCGAGAAGCUCAUCGGCAUCGCCCGGAGCAAAGGAGACAAACACUCGCCGAAAGUGGUGAAGGCAGCCUCUCAGGUCCUCAGCAGUAUGUGGCAAUACAGGGAUCUGCGCAGCCUCUACAAGAAGGACGGAUAUGCACAAUAUCAUUUUGUGGGCUCCUCUUCAACAAUAGAGAGGGACAGACAACGACCCUACUCCUCCUCCCGCACCCCCUCUAUCUCUCCAGUCCGGACAUCCCCGAACAACCGAUCAGCAAGUGCCCCUGCCUCACCCCGAGAGAUGAUCAGCCUCAAGGAGAGGAAGACCGACUAUGAGUCGACUGGAACCAAUGCCAGUUACCAUGGAAACAAAGGCGAGCACACUUCCAGGAAAGACACCACGGCAGUACAAAUCUCAAGUGGGACUUCUACGUUGUUCCGGAAUUCAUAUGUUACUCCUAAUGAAGACAUCAAACACAACCAGGUCCCUGUCCAGCCAGCUCCUCCAGAGACUGCCCGGAAAGACUAUGAGACCUUUCCUCCGUUUCAGAACCCCACUAGGAACUUUGAAGAGUCUUUCUUUGAGGAUCAAGUGCAUCACCGCCCCCCACCCGCCACAGAUUUAAAUAUGCAUCUGGGACUGAAGUCGACCGGAAACUAUGUGGACUUCUACUCAGCGGCCCGGCCCUAUAGCGAACUCAACUACGAGACGAGUCACUACCCAGCCUCCCCUGACUCCUGGGUCUAGGGACUGGUGUCCCACGAUGGCGGCGGAGCCUGACGAGGGGGCGGGGGCGUGCAUGUGCAUGCAUGACACAUUACAUUUUUUCAGCAAAUUUCUUUUGUCAAAGCUCGUUCCGUAGAGAGGUUCCAUUGAAGAGUGUGUGGGUUUGGGAGGGGCAUGUAGAUAAAGAGAGAGAAAAAGAAUGAGAGACCUUGGAGAAAAGCAUAAAGAAAUAACGCAUGAGAGAUGUUCGAGGGGUCUUAUUGCGUGGGAAGAGGGAAUCUUGACUUUUGGAGUCAAGGUGGAAUAACUCUGAGGGUAUUUGGAAAGUCGAGGAUGAAAAGAGACUGCAAAUAUGAGGGUCAGCACAUGAAUAUGUGAAGCACAAGAAAAACUAAAUUGUUGUUUACACUAACUAAGGGAACGGCUUUUCACAUAGCAUUUUCUUUUCCCUCAUUGUGUACCAAGGCUUCAGUCUGCAUUUUGCAGAGAGUCCUCUGUAAAAGAUGGACACCUCCAACCUUUUACUUUGUUCUCACUUUUUUUAUUUGUACUUUUUUAAUUCUUUGUUGUAAAGUAUUUGAUGUACAUUACAGAGAUACAAGUGCAUUGUGUAUAUUACACGGAUGCCACUGUGUCCCUUCUUCAGUGGCUCUUGCUAUUGUUUUAUGGUUACAUGAAAAAGAAAAAAUAUUGGAAAGACAUGUGAAUCGCCAACCUAUCCUUUCCAAGCAAAGUAUGUUUUAACAGCAAGAAGGAAGUAUUUAGCAGUAUUGUUCGUUCUGAUAAUGUGAAUUUGUUUGUGGCAAUUAAACAAACAUUUUAAGCAGUUCAAGACAGUAAACAGAACACCAUUCCACACUCCUUGUCAAUGAAGUGCUUUUUCACUGCCUAAAAAAGUUUAGAUGUAGAUAUUUGGAAUAGUUUUUUUUUUUUUUCUUUUUUUGGUUUUCACUUAUAUCAGGUUUUCUUUAUGAUGAUACAGUGUUAAAAAAUAAUAAAUACCACUUUGUUUGUCAUUCAUAUUUGCAUAAAACCUGUCUGUUCUGCUAGUAUCACAGUUACCUGUGCUUAUAUUAAAACAAGAUUAACAUUGUGCCAAACUUCAUUAUCUCUAGUAUCACUUCGAACCUGGAGAUAAUUUGGAACUUUUGUUGAGGUUUACAUUCUAUGACUGGGUAUUUGUUCUCCUGAUGUCAGUUUGUAAAUGCUUUUUGUUCCUAAAUGUGUUUAAUGGAAUUAAGCUAUACCUAGACUACACUGGAAUAUUACCAGGAGGGCAAAAUCUUUGAGAGCUUAAUUCCCUCCAAAGAUGUACAAAUCUGUCACUCAAUGUUAGCUGAGCGUGUGUUGUAAGUUGAUCAAUGUUUGAUAAGAGAGGUGUUCUUUCAAAGACGAGUGGCUUCUACUGUUUGAAUUUACAUUGCAAAACAAGGUAAAUCAUCAUAGACUAAAAUGUUAAUAGAGAAUGAUAAAUAUAUAUAUAGAGAUAUAAAUAUAUAUAAUUUUUAUGUGCAGAUGUGUGUUUGUCACUAAAAGCAACAACAUUAUCAAAAAGACGUGUAAAAUAGGAUGCUGUUCACUUUAAUGUUCUGAAGGGGGAAGAAAGAAACCCUUGAAGAUAUUGACCUCCUAAUCUGAGUUAUGUUGUUUCCAAGAUAUAUAGAUUAUCAUUCUAAAAUCUGAGUGAUGUUCGGAUGCCAGGAAAAUAAAUUAUUCUGUGCAAUCUUCAGAGCUUUUCUGCCGCAUAUCCUGCUCUUAACACUCACGUGGUCUUACUUCUGAAAGAAAGCACAAUUCCUCUGAAUAUAAGGUCCCCAUUGCUGGUCAUUUGUGUGGGAAAUAUGCAGACGACUCCUUUUUUUUUGGUUUGUUUUGUUUUUAUGUUGAUGUUGUUGCUUCAGGCCAGGUGUUUAUAACUGUGGGUAUGUUUAUUGCCUCAAGACUUUAAAACUGCUAAGAUAUAAACUUACCAUCUAGGACACUGUUUUGGAUGGUUUAAUGAUUGAC